UCACUGCGCGCUGCCGCACAGACGUCUACCGCGUUUCGAGGCAGACGUUACGUUCCACCGUUCGGCGCGCAAGAAUCGCCAGCCCAGCUCGUAGAAAGUCGCGCCUGCGCAGAAACUUCAUAGCUAGAAAAUCAUAUAAGAAAAAUACUCGAAAAGAAAACCAGAUCAUAUGAAAAGUGUGGAAUAGCAACAGCAUCAUGCUGCCCAAGUGCAAUCAAAAUGUUGUCCUCUUUUGACUCUGUGGUUUUGCGAUCUUGAAUUUCACUCCCCCUCUCCGGAUUUUGAUCACCACGCAUCCGUAUUUAUUAACUGCCUUGUGUUCUCUGCAUAUCAAAACGCAAAAGUGAAAGUGAUUUUUCGGUGUUUCGUUGCGUGAGUGCCACUUGAAUGACAAAUAUUGAUAUGCUACAAUGAAAACCGGCCACCGACAGCCAACCAAAUAAGCUUCGAGAAGAGAAACUAUCAACGAAAAUAACAUAUAUUUUGUGUGUGCCCAUUGGAUUACGGAAAGUUCCCGAACAGCUCAAGGAUACCAAUCGGGAUUGGAGUACACCUAGCACACAGCGCUAUUAUUAUCAAACAAUUGGAUUUGGAUAUGGCUGCCAACGAGAUUAUGACACCCACAGUCAAUGCGAAUUGUCAAUACUCGACCAGAUAUUGUUGGGAGGCGGAAAAAGUCAAAUCAUUGAUCAGAUUGCGGGCGGAACUGUCGCCUUUGUUCACAGGCAAGCGAAAUGCCUCCAAAUAUGCCUGGGCCGUGGUGGAACGGGAGCUCAAUGUGCCGCUGCCGCUGUCGAAGAUCAUCAAGAAGUGGAACAAUCUGCUGCAGGAGUACAAGGCCAUCAAGAUGUCCGAGGAGCCCAAGCGACGCGAAUGGCCCUUCUUCACCCUGAUGGACGUGUACUUCAGCGACCAGGUGAACGAUCCCUCACUGCGUCUCUUCUCGUCCACAAAGACGCUCAGGGAGACCCUGGACGACAGCGUCUUCGAGGAUGAUCCAAUUAUCGCCUCGGCCAUUGCGGCGGCCACCAGUGGCGCCUACAUGGACAUUGAUGAGCUCAUCCGGCGGCAGAAGGAGCGUGCUGCUCUGGCCGCCGAGCGCAAGUUGGCUGCCGCUGCCAGCGGAGUCACUGGUGACUACAAAUUCGAUCUGAAGCCCAUGCUAUCGAACAGCAAGUUCAACAGCAACAGCGAGAUGGCCAAGCUGUCCAAGAGCGUCGACGACCUCUCCAUGCAGCAGUACAAGAUCAAGCAAGAGAUUAUGCGCCAGCGGGAACAUGAGCAGCAGGAGAACAUGGUCAAGAUCAAGCAGCACGCACGCCAGCAGCAGCAACAGCAGCAGCAGCAACAACACCACCAGGCACAGCAGCAGCAGCAGCAGCGAUUCCUGGGCCACCAGCAGGCCCUGUCGCCGCAUCCACACCGGCUGUCGUCCUCGUCGACGCCACCAGCUUUGCAGCACGCCCUGCAGCAGCAGCAACAGCACAUGCUGCAGCAGCACCAGCUACAGCAACAGCUGCAGCAUCAGCAGCAGCAACAACAUCAGCAGCAAUUGCAGCAGCAGCAGCAACAGCACCACCAACUCGCUCAUCCCCACCAGCCGCACACACCGCGCCCCAGUACGCCACCCACCACGGCGCAGCAGAUCCACAUCACGGCCACCCAGCACCAGGCCGCCCAGCAGCAGCUCCACCAGCAGCAGCACCAGCCGUCGCACAAGCAGCAGCAAUCCUACGCCGAUCCCAACACCAUCGACCAGUACCUGCUGUCGUGGAACAACUUCCAUGGCAACAUGUGCCGCGGCUUCCACUCCCUGCAGAAGGAUGAGAAGAUGGUGGACGUAACCAUCGCAGCCGGCGGCAAGAUAUUCAAGGCACACAAACUGGUCCUUUCCGUUUGCAGUCCCUACUUCCAGCAGAUCUUCCUGGAGAACCCAUCGAGUCAUCCCAUCCUGCUGAUGGCCGACGUGGAGGCCAGUCACAUGGCCGGUCUGCUCGACUUUAUGUACAGUGGCCAGGUGAAUGUCAAGUACGAGGAUCUGCCCGUGUUCCUGAAGGUCGCCGAGGCCAUGAAAAUCAAGGGGCUGCACACAGAGAAGAACCUGGACAGCGAUACCAGCGACAUAAGUUCGCCGCAUGAAAGCGACGGCACCGAGUGCCGUUACGAGCGUGGAACGCACAGCGUGAACAUCACCAGCGGCCAUGCCGCCGGCUAUGGAGGAGUACCGCCGUCGCAGCAGUCCUCGCCGUCGCCUUCGCUCAAUGGACCCAACCGCUGCCCCACGCCCCUUUCCAGCGGAGGUUCCGGCAAUCCCAAUUACGCCGGCUUCCGGGAGCACAUCAAGUCGAAGGCCACGCUGGCCGAGACCUUCAUGAAGAAUCUCAACAGGAACAACAACAACAACAGCAGCAGCAACAACUACAACCACUUGGGCGGCAGCAAUGGCAGUCUCAACCUGACGGAGGCGGAGAGCAACUCCUUUGCCAUCCUGCAGGCGAACAGCAAGAAGAUGCUGGACUCGGCGCGCAAGCAGCACAAGUAUCUGGCCAAGCGAAAGGUCCUGAUGCACUACAACACGGAGCUGGGUGGCGAGAAGCGGCUGAAGGAGAUGGAGCGGGAACGCUAUCCGAGUGCCGAGCAGCAUGACGACGCCUUGAACAACAACCACAGCCACGCCCAGGACAACAUUAUGGAGCCCAUUAUAACGACCAUUGUGCCACAGACGCCGCCACCAUCCACGCACAACAACAACAACUUCAAGAUCCGCCUGGUGGAGAGCCAUCACCUGACCAACAACAACAACCAGAACCAGAACCAGAGCAGCAACAACAACAACAGCAGCAGCAGUCCGGAAUCCAACAACUGCAACAACGAUGAGGAGGCACUGAAUCUGGUCCAGAUACCCAAUGCCAACGGGAGCAGGAACAGAGAGGCCACGCCCACAUGUGCGACUCCGACGCCCGACAUUCAGCUGAUCAAGCGGGAAGUGGAGACGGAACUGCCGCCGGCGGAGAACCUAAGUAACAACAAUGGACACGUCGACGAGAUGGCUGGAGCAGGAUAUGAUCGCAAGUACGAUGACAACAACAACAACAGCGGAUUGGACAUGGAAACGGACUCGAACAACAACAACAGCAAGCCGGGAGGCGACAACAACAAUGGUCUAGCAUUGGCGCUGGGCAAGCACAAGUUGCUGAGCGCGAUCAAUAGGAGCAUGGAGCAGAAUCACCCAGAUCAUGAACAUCACGAUCGGAAUGCCGAUCACGGCGGGAACAACUGCAACAGCGACGACAACAACAACAAUCACAGCCAGCACCUGGACCUGAGCACCAUCAAGAACAUAGCCACGGCGGAGAUCCUGUGCGGACUGAAGAGCAAGGUGCUCAAGCUGGAGGAGGAGCAGCGCGAGCGGGAGCGCGAAAGGGAGCGGGAACGGGAAGCCUGUCGCAGUCUUAGCGAGAUCAAAAAUGCGGAGUGAUCCCCACGAUCGAUCGUCGGUGGGUGGAACCCACACGGCCCAGACAAUUAUGCAUUUGAUUACACACAGCAUGGAGCGGAAUCAGCCGAAUCUAUGUUUGCUAAUUAUAGUUAUUUAUUAUACCACUUAAUAUCGUUAAUGUAAUUGUAAUGACCUGACCCCACAUGAACAUUGGUUAGUUUGGUAGGCCUAGCAUUCGCCCAGCACACCAUUUAGAAUCCCUAGCAGCUAAGACUCACGAAUCAUUAACGUAUCGUAUCGUAUCGUAUUGUAUCGUAUUGUAUCGUAUCGUAUCGUAUCGUAUCAGAUCAGCUGAUCAACGAUCGGUUUACAAACUUAAUUUUAGCACUUUGGAAAUUGGCCCUGUUGCAAUACGAGUUAAGCCCAUGUUAAACAUAUUGAUAUCGUUUAAUAAUGUAUGUGUAGAGCAGUAUGUUGUAGAUUAAUACGCCCCCCAGUCGCACUUUCGACUUCGAUUUUCAGCUCUUACAUUAUUUAUACACACACAUAUCGUACUACGAAUGUAUCUCAACACCAAUCACGCAUGCAUAUGAACACCCCCCCAUACAUACAUACAUAUUGCCCCAUAUACCGACGAGUAUAGUAACGACAUCGGCCCCGACCAUAUGUAACCAUGUAAAACUGGAACGGGCCGUCAUCUGCAAAGGAUCAAAAAGAAAGGAACAAUAUAUGUAUCUCGUUUUUAGUUUUAACUUGCCAGACCUUUUCAAUGAGCACUCAGAUAACUCGGUUACAUGCGAUCGUAUUCAGCUCGGCGCUCAACUUUCACCCAGAAGUGGUUCCGGAUCUUGUUAAUUGUUGUACAUGCCCAUGUGCCUGGAACCCAGCCCCAAGUCCCCAAAAUGAAUUAAACGCACGACUCUUGGGUCCACGAGCCCCUCUCUCAACUGCAGAUUGACCAGAAUUAGCAAUGCACAGUGUAACUCGUACAAUAUUUAUUCAGCUCCUUUACAUUAAAAACAAAACUUGUGUAAUGUUUUCGCUGUUGAACAUUUUUUUUAUUGUAAAUGAAUUAAUGAAUGAAUAAAGAACCCAACACAUUCAAAA